GCGCCUCCCGCUCUGUUGUCAGACACUACGCACAAGUCGGUUCUACCACCUACGUCGGGGAACCUCCCGCACCCCCCAAUUAUCCUGCUACCGGUCGCUCAGGCACCCCCAACUCAAACGCAAGCUCGCCCACGCAGCCACCAACACCAGCGAGGGCGUACGAUGCGCUUGUGCUCGCCGAGCUCGCAAAAGAGGGGGCCUCCUCGUCGACGUCGCUCCCAGAGCUCGUGGAGCAGUACAUGAAGCGUGCGGGACACGUCCUCGACACGUCCCUGCCGUACGAGUCGCGCCCGGAUGCCAAGCGGCGCAUCCGAUUCACGCAGGACGAGCGCGGCGUGGAGGCGAGCAACGCGGACGGCGCGCUGGCGGUCGUCGCCCACGCCGCGCACGACCGCACGGGCAAGCACAAGGUCACGCACAGCGUGGGCUUCGCUAUUCGGCCCCCGGGGCUCUCUGACGGCGAGGCGGUGUAUGUUACGUGCGCGCAUACGCUGGAGGAGAUCCGGCACGACCCGCUCGUGCGCACGACUCGUCCCAGCUCCGCCGCCGCCCUCGAGAAGCUCCGCUCGGGCUCGUUCGUGAUUUCGGACACGGACACGCACGCAGCCGCGGGCCCGGCACCGACGUUCUCCCGCGUCUCGUCCGUGCUCUCCGCCAUGCACCGCGGCGACCUGCUCCUCCUCUCGACGCCCCAGCCCCGACUCCCGCCCACACCAAGCCCCGGGCUGCGGUCCCUACCCGUGAACCCGUAUCCCGUCCACCCGGGCGCUGCGAUCCGGGCGCACUUCGUCGCAGACAAGCCGCCCUCCGGGGCAGACCGCGACGGGUGGACGCCCUGGGUCGGGGGCACGUGGAGGAAGUGGGUCAGGGGCACCGUCGUGGGCUACAGAGACUACGCCGGCAGAGAAGCGAAGCCUGGGACGUAUGACGCUUUGGCGCAUCUGCACUUUGAGCCCCCGCCGACGCCGGGGUCGAGUGGGGGUCCGAUUGUGGACGAGGAGAGCGGCUCGGUCAUCGGCGUCGUCUUGGGCAACCAGCUUGUCAACCAGGUCGAAGGCGUCAGGGGAUGGGGUGUACCCGCGGAGAUGAUUUUCGAGAUGUUCAGCCUCCCAGGGCUGAAACUGAAGAGCCGCCCCUGAACUAUGAAACUGAGGAAGUGAGCGCCUUUCGAGGCGUAUGCGAGAUUGGGUGGUCUGUGUGCGAUGGUGCCCGGACUUGGCAGGUAGUGUACGAUUGGGCGUGGGCUGACGUCACAUUUAUCUUGGAUCUAUCUCAUACAAACGAUACGAGAAUUACUAUCGAAC